AUGGAAGCUCCUGAUUCUAUGAACCAUAGUCAUGAAAGUGCAUCGGUAAAGGCGGAGGGUAGCCAGAUACGAGUUCGUAAGGGACAAAGCUACGAAGAGUAUCUUUUACAGAAGAAUCAAUUUUUGCAAGAAGGCCCCAUCGUGAGCGAGCUUGAAACCUUUAUGGAAAACCCAAUAGUAAAAGCUAACCUUUGCUCGGUAGAUAGCAUAAUUAAAGGCCAAACGAUUCAUGGUCUGGAGCGACGUUACUAUUUGGGGUAUUUCGACGAUUGUCUGAACAAUUGUAAUGAACUUAUAAGCAAGCUAAAACUAGAAUCAACCGACAAACAAGAAUGCAAACAACACGAGAAAUUACUCAAACAACUAACAGAUAUUCAACAGAAAUGUCUCAAUAAGCUGACCCGCACAUUAACGAUUGAUGAAGAGAGCAAAAUAUAA